GAGACUCCCGUCCCUACCAGUAUAGCGCUUUUUAACGUGGGCGACGCCACCCUGAUAAAUGGAGGCAAGCAGCUGAUGGAAGCAGGCUGCAGAUCCGAGUUACUCCCACCACUGACAUGGAGGAGGACUACGAGCACAACGCUUUGAUACAACACCUCCGCCAGGAGCAGAGACGACUUCGGCGCCUGUCCCAGCUUAUCGCCGUGGCUCUGUUUCUUCUCAUUUCUGUGGUUUUGGUUCUGCUCACCACGACUGUGCUCGGAGCGCGAGCUCAUUCACCGGAAUGCGAGGUAACUGGACUUUACCGGAAAAUCCACUCUGUCCUUCCGUAAACACUAGCUGCAUGUUGCUGCACUCACUCAGGUGUAUGAGGCUAUUACUGAAAUGGGUCAGAGAAGUUUAUAUACUUAUAUUUAUUACUUAUGACUAUGAUAAACCGACGUUUAUAACAUCAUGAACACUAUUAAUUUACUGUUUAUUUCCUAUUGUAAGGUGAGGCUAGUAGUUUAAUUAAAAAAAAAAAAAACUUUAUUUAAACAAAGAGAUUAUUUGAAAUACACCUGACAUCUUCAUAUAGGGAAGAGCGGGGUAAGUUGAGCCACCCCCUGUUGCUUGGAAAUGGUAAAAGAAACUGAUCCUGUGACCAAAUAUUUAGGAGAUGGGCAUCAAUUCAUGGAGUCUAUGAAGGUUAGAAGCACAUGGGUGAAGAGGUUAGACAUUUAUUUCCAAAACAAAAAUCAAUUCUUUACUCUUGAAAGUGAAUUUAGUCCGUCAUAAGUUUAUUAGAAUUGUGUUCAGACCAAAAAAGAUAAUUUUUAGUUUGUUUUAUACAUCAAUUAUGGUAUCUAUGAGCUACAACAUGAGGUCAAAACCGAGCAUAAAAGUCCACCAUUUUAGCUUAGAGGACUAAUAAAGUCAUAAUAGUAGUUCUGGAGAGAAAAGAAGUCUGAUGAGAGGACCAGAGUUUCAGUUCAGAUUGUUAAAAUGUGUUACUUUUGUGAAUGUUCUGAAUCACUUGAGGGCAUUCUUAUGUCAAAACAGCUUUUUAGCAGUUAUAUGCAAUAAUACUAAAAAUGAUUAUUGUACCAGUUGAAUAACGUAUAGUAGAGAAAAAUACACAUGAAUGUGAAGAAGUGACUGUUAUCUAGGGAGAGAGAAGGUGUGGGAGGGCUGGGGUGGAGAGUCAGGGGAUAGUAGGGAUACGGCUCAACUUACCCCGCUCCUAUGGUCAACUUACCCCAUACACGGGGUAAGUUGACCAUAGGAGACCACUUUUUUUGGCAUGCUGUAUUAUCCAGACAGUUAUGUUUACACCAUAGACUGUAUCUAGAAUGGACAGAGUCUGACUCCUUGCUGGGUGAAGCCACUCAGAGAACAGCACCCUCUGUUGAUGGGCUGCAGUAUAGGUCACAAAUCCUGCCUCCAUCAGCAAAGCUUAUGGGGCUGUGGACAAACUUUAGAAAUUAAUUACACAGAACAUAAACUUUUCUCCUCCCUGCUUGCAAUGUUGACAUGUAGUUACAGUAAGACUGGUUUGUGCUCAAGUCCUCUUUUUCUGUACAGCUCUAUUUUUAAAAGUUAUUAGGGGGUUCAUGUUUUCUAUGAUUGACACCUGAUACAGCUUAUUGGCGUUCAGGGAUUGCGUAGCUCACCCGGGGGAUACGCUGUUUGAGCCGAGUGUCAUCACAGCGACUCUCCAGCCGAAUGCGCACAACGCUACUGCGCAGCACUGGUUUUAGGAAAUGAAGAAAAAUCCCGGAAAUAUCGAGAGCUUUUUAGCUCCAAAUCUGUAUACAGGCGGGAGGCGGAACCAAGUUGUCCAUAGUAUAUACAGUCUAUGGUUUACACUCAUUAUGUUGGUUUGCAGGGAUGCACAACAUCUUGAAAUAUAUGCAGAUACACUAGUAAGAGAUAAAACGAUGAUCGCCUUGAUAAAGUGAUCCGAAAUAUGAAAAAUGGCUCAUCUUACCCCACUCUCCCCUACAAAAACUUUUAUGUGCACUAAUGAUCAAAGCCAUCACUGUAUUUAAUCUUGUUGAUAUAAUAAUAUAUUUUGUUCACUAUAGUAGAAAAAGUCACAGCAUUACAAUUUCCUCCAAUAUUACUAUUUACCUAUUACUAUUUAUGUGUCUGUAAAGGUGUAUUUGAUAAAUAUAUUAAUGAGUCUUGGUUUGUUUCAUUCAAGCCAACGGUGCAGCCAUACAGACAUUCACCAGGUAAAUAUCUUGUUCAAUAAUUUAGAGAUAUUUUUCUAAACAGGCGUGUGAAAGAGAUCGCAUCAAUCUGUUAAACAAUUCUGUUGUGUCUCUUCUCAGAUGAAACAAAUAAGCAACAGCAACAUACAGACUUCAGGAAUCCAAGUGCCAUGCUCACAGGUAACAUGAUUCAUUUAUCACAAUGAUAAAAUAUUAAGAAUUAAAAUGUUAGAUUGUGAUGUGUCAAUCAUUUUGUGCUUACGUCUGAUUGGAAAUAAGACAACGUAAUACAUGUUUAACAUAUAUAUUUUUACUAUUAUUAAAAAAUACAUGCUUAUUUUGAAGUUGAUGUCAGAAACAUGUCUAAAAGGAGGUGAGACAAAGUUAUGGAAUAUUAUAAGAACAACAGCUCAAGCAGCAUUUUACACCUGAUGUGAUUGAUUUUAACACACAACUGUAAAUAAAAAAAAGAGCUUUCCAGAGAAACAGAGUCUCUCUGAUAUAAAGAUUAAAAAAAGGUUCAUCAAGGUGCAUAAAGGUUACAAAGAUUUUGUGAAUUUCAUCAUCUACAGUCCAUAACAUCAGUAAAAGAUUUAGCAGAUACGUCAAAAAUUCGGCACAAAGAGCACAAGGCUGAAAACCAAUGGUGGAUGGCCAUGAUCCUCAGGCCCUCUAUUGGUAGUGUAUCACAAACAGGACUGAAAUCACUGCAUGGGCUCACAAUCACUUCCAGUAGCACCACUGUGUGUGAUUCAAUAAUGCAGGGUAAAGUUUCGACACUCAAAGAGAAAACUGUAUUCAAACAUGAUCUAGAAACUGUCUUGUGGUCUGAUUAAUCAAAUCUUGACAUUGUUUUUAAGAACAACAGUUGCUGCAGUCUCUGCUCUAAAAAGAUGAGGGACUGCCCAACUUGUUAUAAGCAUAAAGUUCAAAGUGAUUGUGUAGGGAUGUUUAAGUUUCUGUUCACAAAAAGGACUUUAUCUUUAAUGCUGCAUGGCAGUACCUGCGGUCAAAUGGACUCAAAGCUCUGACUGAUCUUGUUUCCUCUUGUUUAGACCUUUGCUUUUAUUGUUCUUGCUCUCAAAUGUACAUCACUUUGGAUUAAAGUGUCUGCUAAAUGACGUUGUAACACUGUGUCUGUAUGGUGUAUGGGAAGGCACAAUUAAAAGUAAACAAAAUGUACAGAUUUGGGGGCAAUGCCAUUCUGCUGAAAUAGACCCUUUCUAUUCCAGCAAGACUAUUAAUAAUUCUCCUUUCCUGCUCUAAUUCUCAGCUCCUAGAGAGAGAAACAGUGGUCAGAAAUAUCUUGAAUGGGAGAGUGAGGAUGGAAAUGCCCACUGCUACGGAGGAUUCAACUACUCCAGAGGGAGCCUUGUGGUGCCCAGAAGGGGAAUCUACAGAGUCUUUUUUCAGAUCACCCACGAGGGCGGAGCAUGUGACUCUAAGGAGCUCAAGCUUAUCAACACUGUGUUCAUGUCGAAGGAGAAAUACAAGAGAGAUGUGCCUCUACUGUCAUCGGUCAAUGCAGUGACUUGCAACCCAGAAUGGUGGAGUAAGUCUCUCUACACAUCUGGCUUGUUUUUAUUAGAUGUAAACAGCAGACUGGCUGUGAAAUCAACUCACUCUGAAUUCAUUGCCAAGGGAGAAGAACAGGUGUUCUUUGGUGCUGAACUUGUGUUUGAAUAAUCUGCACAGACUAUUAGAUUAGAGUCACGUUUUUUUUGGUUGUUUUCCCUUUAGCUCUGAGUAAACUUUAGGGUGCGGUUAAGGCUUUCUUUUACUGUAACCACUCAUGAGUUAAUGCGGUAAGACCGUCCUACUGAAAAACAGUGUGACUCAUAUCUGCGUGACUGCAGGUUUGCUUUUUCAAAACUUAUUAACUGCAUUAUUUCCUUGUCCCAGAGAUACACUGCAGUCCUCACAAGGUCCUGGGGUGUAUUUUUCUUACAGAAUCUCUCAUGGCUAAUACUCCAUUGUUUGGUUGUUUGGCUUUCUAAGUCAGUCAAAGUGAGCUUGUAAAAACACCCUAAAGAUUUGAAAAUGGUGAAGGGCCUCUGCUUUGAUUUUCCUGACCAACAGUAACUUAGUUAACCGGAAAUAUCAAGAAUUUCAAUGUUUACAUGCGCAUAGACUGCCAUUGAAAGCAUUAUAAUUCAGUUCUUAAGGAGCUCAACUCCAUAGAAAUCUUGGUAUUGGUUUUAGAUGUGACGUUUUGUUGCAUUAGCAAUGGGUUUUGAUUUUGUGGAUAUAGAUGUUGCAUUUUGGGAGUUGAUAAGGUGUCACAUUAAACAAAUGCCACCACUGUAAGGCCAACAAACUGUUGGUAUUCCCCAACCUUCAAUAAUGUAUAUUCAGGGCACAAAUCCAAAAUCAGUUAAUGAAUCACAUUUCUUGGCCUGCGCCAUCAGUGAGUCAGAACAUGUUGCCUCUGACAACCUAACAUUAUUGCAUUAACAGUGAGUGUUAUUAGUGACAGCUGUAAAAUCGUGCAUAUGACUCAGAUACUAUUGAUUUAAACUCUCAACCAGAGUUUUAUUUAGCUCUGAAAUAUCAAACCAUUGCUAGAGUCCUUAUUUGGCCAUCCUUUUCACAGCUUUUACCCUCCCACAAGUUUGUUACUGAUUUAACCCUUAGCGUGUUGAUACAGUAGCAUAAAUAGAAGCGUAGAUGGACAGGUAGGUCAGCUCAUUUUUUAAGGAAAUCCGUUGCCACAGUGAACAGAGACAGCAUGCAUAGAAACACAAAUAGAGUUAACACCUGCACUACAUGUUCCUGGAGGAAGUCCAGAGAGUACAAGUCUACCCACUCAUCCUGUGGCAAGUCUUAUGCCAUGUGCUCUGAAUGUGAUGCCCUUAAUUACAGAAAAGUUGGACUGCUUGCAAUAUGUGCAAUUUGUUUCUAAAAGAGGCUGUUAGUAUGCUUUGGUUACAAGGGAACUGUAGAGGUGAAUUCAUUGUGAAGUGACGGCAAAAAAGUGAGGAGUAGCAGAUAGGCGCUGGCAGUUGAAAGCCUGUUUUGCCAGUUGUUUGUCGAUUGUAUCUCAGUCUAAGUUUAGAUGUAAAGCCCUAAUAUGUUUUGGUCAAUCUUAACUGAGCGCCCAUGAACACACUGGUUAACUCGUUACCAUAAAGUGGGGCUUGUUCUGAAAGAGAAUAUUGUGUCUCAAAUUUUAAUAUGAUUUUACCAAGGGUCGAUCUUUCUUCUGUCAAGAGCAAAAAAAAAAAAAAAAAAAAAAAGACUUUCAGAUGUCAAAAUUUAUGAAUGAAAGGGAAAUUUGACAGUACUCUAUCACUUAUACUAAAAAAAAUAAACUGAGAUGCUUAAGUAUAUAUUUUUUUAUUUCAGGAAAAUGAUCUUUCAAACUCAGAUAAACAGUUACUUGAAUAAACAGAUUAAGGGCUGUCACCCAACCUGUGAAUGUUAAUAUCAAACUUAUGAAUCACUUUGUUGUUAUGUUUGUACCUGAUUGCUCUGCGUUGCCAUAGACAGCUCCGAAUGUUUGAGAAGGGAGGUUUUAAGAGGUGAGAACAGAGCUGAGUUUACUGUUAACCAGCUAACACCCACACUAUAUUGCCACCACUAAAUACUUUGGAUUUAUUUUAAUGUGUUAUUGUAUACAAUGCCAUUCACUCUCCAAUAAAUGUUGAAUUUCAUAAUCAGAAAAUACUCUAUCAGUAUGGGGUUGACAAACAAUGCCAGCAUUAAAAAGGAUAAUUUUUAGGUAUAAAAGGGAAAAUUUGAACAGUCAUGCUAUUCAUAUAAUGCACCUGUUGUGAUACUUCUUAAAGAGAUUUUACGGGAAAUGUAAAAUAGAUUAAAGUCUAAAGGUUGUUGUCUGUUGAAAAGUGCUGGUGUGCAGUAAAGGUUUUUAUUUAGUUUUAUUUUCAUGUAAAUGUAUUUGCUUUUCCUGCUAUGGGGCUCACUUUGAGCUGACAUCCAAAUGUUCUGCUGUUUUGUACACUUUCUUAAAUGAGUUUGUUAAUUAAAAUUGGAUUUUUUUUUUGUUUUUGUUUUUCUUUUGUUUCAUUUUUUGUUGUUUAGAUCAUUGCUUACUGCACUGUCUGUACUUGGCAUCAUAAAAACUGUCUUCAAGCGAUGUUGAACGAAAUGAUCACAUGAUCUGAGAAGCUUUAUAUUUGUGUGUGUGUUUCUGUAAGAAAAAGUGAAUAAAAUCAUAAUACAAAGCA